UAAGCGGGCUAUCGUGCCGUGCUGGAGCCGGCCCUGUCCGAUUGACACUUCUACUUGGAACUGCAUCAUCCACAUCCAUGGGUUCUGAUAUUUUUUAAAGACGAGGGUGGUGUACGGCGGACAGCACCCCGGUGGCAAGACAAGGAAGUGGGGUUUGAGGGUUGGGGAGGUUGGGGUUAGAGUUUGAGGAGAGAAUAAGAGAAAUUGGGUGGGAAACUGAAAUCCUGGGUCAACACGGCUCAACAUUUUAUAUUAUGUGGGGAUGAGAGACCGGAUAAGGAUAGGAGAAAUCCAAUUUCCUAAUCAGAGGAGGCAAAAGAUUGCACAAAUACGCUCUCUGUUCGGAAAGUGCUCUUCGUUGUUUUUUUACACAUCUAUUUUCUCGCCUAUUUUCGAAUGUUUUGUCUUUAUGUUAUUUUCUUACGCCUGUUUGGAAAGCGCGUCGGUUUCAUCCUAACCCUAACACUUUGAGCAGCCCAAGUUGGUUUAUGUAAAUCUGCCUGUUUCGACCACCAAGUUGCCCCAGAGAACCCACUUCCAAUUGCUUAUGAAGAUUGCUGGGAUGCUCUUCAAUGGGUUGCUGAUGCAUUGAACAACUUUUCAUAAAAUUAGGUAUGUUUGGCUCAUCUUAUUGUAUUGAUGUUUUGGAGUUGGACUCCUUUUUCAUAUUAGAUUGUCUCAAAUCCUCUUCUUUCACGGAACGUAAAAAGUAAGGAAAGCCGGUCCUAUAUAUUUCUCUCUCUCCUCGCCUCCUGCCCAAUCUCUCAAACUUUCCUUUCUCUCUUUCCCGUGUCGUCCCCGUGUAUUGAACGCACGGCGAACUGUCAACUCCGGCCGUUUACAGUGGUCUCGGAAGUAGCCGCGCAGUCCACACGAAGCUCGAAGCUCACACAGAGCCUUUCUUUCGGAAGACCAAUCAUUUUCUUUCUCUCUCAGCCAAACAAAAGAAAAAAUGGGGAGCGAGAGCAAUCUGAAUACAUGGGUAUCCGAUAAGUUGAUGACGUUGCUCGGAUAUUCUCAGCCUACUGUUGUUCAGUACAUUAUUGGAUUGACCAAACAGGCAAAAUCACCGGCUGAUGUUGUGGGCAAGCUUGUAGAAUUAGAAUUUGGGUUGUCAUCUUCGGCCGAAACAAGUGCAUUUGCUGAAGACAUCUUCGCAAGAGUGCCCCGUAAAGAAUCUGGUUUGAAUCUAUAUCAGAAACAAGAGAGGGAAGCUGCCAUGUUGGUGAAGAAGCAGAAGACAUAUUCUCUCUUGGAUGCAGAUGACGAAGAUGACAAUGAUGGCGAUACAUCUUCUGCCCAGGUUAUUUCCAAGUCCAGGAAAGCUGAUUCCCAUAAGAAACGAUUCAGGAAGAAGGUCUUGAGUCAAGAAGAUGAAGAUGAUGAGGUGAUUGCACAAGAGGGACAAGUGAGACGAGUUAAAAGACGAACUUGUUCCCCAGAUGACGAUGAUGGUUCAGAGUCAGAAGAGGAAAGAUUGCGUGAUCAAAGAGAGAGGGAGCAAUUGGAGCAGAAUAUAAGGGAACGGGAUACAGCAGCUACACGAAAGUUAACGGACAGAAAAUUAACACGAAAGGAAGAAGAGGAGAAUAUUCGGAGAAGCAAUGCAUUGGAGCGGAAUGACCUCGAAGAUUUAAGAAAAGUUUCAAGACAAGAAUAUCUCAAAAAGAGGGAGCAAAAGAAAUUGGAGGAAAUCAGAGACGAUAUAGAGGAUGAGCAAUACUUAUUUGAUGGCGUGAAGCUCACUGAAGCAGAAUAUAGUGAACUAAGCUACAAGAAACAAAUAUACGAACUGGUGAAGAAGAGGUCAGAUGAGGUUGAGGAUAUCACUGAGUACAGGAUGCCAGAUGCGUAUGAUGAGGAGGGUGGUGUUAAUCAGGAAAAGAGAUUUUCUGUGGCUGUGCAACGAUACAGGGACCUCAGUGCUGGGGAUAAAAUGAACCCAUUUGCAGAACAGGAAGCUUGGGAGGAUCACCAAAUUGGAAAAGCAACGCUGAAAUUUGGUUCAAAAAACAAAAAACAAAAAUCUGAUGAGUAUCAAUUUGUAUUUGAGGAUCAGAUUGAUUUUAUCAAGGCAUCAGUGAUGGAUGGUGAUGAGUUUGAUGAUGACAGGCAACCCUCUGAGUUACUUGGGUCGAAGGCGAAAUCGGGCUUAGAGAAGCUCCAGGAUGACAGAAAAACACUACCCAUCUACACCUACCGUGAUAAAUUGCUUGAAGCUGUUGAAAAUCAUCAAGUUCUGGUUAUUGUUGGGGAAACUGGUUCUGGAAAAACUACGCAGAUACCCCAAUAUCUUCAUGAGGCUGGAUACACAAAGCGUGGAAAGAUUGGGUGCACACAGCCACGGCGAGUUGCUGCUAUGAGUGUUGCUGCAAGGGUUUCUCAAGAAAUGGGGGUCAAACUUGGGCACGAGGUUGGUUAUUCUAUUCGUUUUGAGGAUUGCACAUCCGAAAAGACUGUUUUGAAAUAUAUGACAGAUGGAAUGUUGUUGCGAGAAUUCCUUGGUGAACCAGAUCUGGCGAGUUACAGUGUGGUGAUGGUGGACGAGGCCCAUGAACGAACACUCUCAACUGAUAUUCUAUUUGGACUAGUGAAGGAUAUUGCUCGAUUUAGACCAGAUCUCAAACUGCUUAUCUCAAGUGCAACGCUUGAUGCUGAGAAGUUCAGUGAUUAUUUUGAUUCUGCUCCAAUUUUCAAAAUUCCAGGGAGGCGGUAUGCUGUUGAUAUCCAUUACACGAAAGCACCAGAAGCCGAUUACUUAGAUGCAGCAAUUGUCACUGCACUUCAAAUCCAUGUGACGCAACCACCUGGAGAUAUAUUGGUAUUCCUCACUGGUCAGGAAGAGAUUGAAACAGCAGAAGAAAUAUUGAAGCACAGAACAAGGGGCCUAGGGACAAAAAUUGCUGAGCUGAUUAUUUGCCCCAUAUAUGCAAACCUACCUACUGAGCUGCAAGCAAAAAUUUUUGAAGCCACACCUGAUGGGGCAAGGAAGGUUGUCCUUGCCACAAAUAUAGCUGAAACUUCGUUGACCAUUGAUGGGAUCAAAUAUGUUAUUGACCCAGGGUUUUGCAAGAUGAAGUCGUAUAACCCAAGGACUGGAAUGGAGUCAUUGCUAGUUACUCCCAUCUCAAAGGCAUCAGCAAUGCAGAGGGCAGGUCGAUCUGGUCGAACGGGUCCUGGAAAGUGCUUCCGGUUAUAUACUGCCUACAAUUAUUACAAUGAUUUAGAUGAUAACACAGUACCAGAAGUACAAAGAACUAAUCUUGCAAAUGUUGUGCUUACGCUGAAGAGCCUUGGUAUUCAUGACUUAUUGCAUUUUGAUUUUAUGGACCCUCCGCCAUCUGAAGCGUUACUGAAAGCCCUGGAACUGUUAUUUGCACUAAGUGCAUUAAAUAAAGUGGGUGAGUUGACUAAAGUGGGUAGAAGGAUGGCGGAGUUUCCUCUUGAUCCCAUGCUAUCUAAGAUGAUAGUUGCUUCUGAUCAGUACAAGUGUUCAGAUGAAGUCAUUUCCAUUGCUGCCAUGCUUUCCAUUGGUAAUUCCAUCUUUUACCGUCCCAAGGACAAACAAGUCCAUGCUGACAAUGCUCGUUUGAAUUUUCACACCGGGAAUGUGGGAGAUCACAUUGCAUUGCUCAAGGUCUAUAACUCAUGGAAAGAGACCAACUUCUCAACCCAGUGGUGUUAUGAAAACUAUAUACAGGUGAGGAGCAUGAAGCGUGCUAGAGAUAUUAGAGACCAGCUUGAGGGACUCUUGGAGAGGGUUGAGAUUGAGCUGGUCUCAAAUCUCAGUGAUUACGAGACCAUAAAGAAGGCCAUUACAUCUGGCUUCUUCCCUCAUUCCGCAAAGCUUCAAAAGAAUGGAUCUUAUAGAACAGUCAAACAUCCACAGACUGUUCAUAUACAUCCCAGCUCAGGGCUGUCACAGGUGCUUCCGAGAUGGGUUAUAUACCAUGAAUUGGUACUUACAACCAAGGAAUAUAUGAGACAGGUAACAGAAUUAAAGCCGGAGUGGUUAGUGGAAAUAGCUCCUCAUUAUUACCAGCUGAAGGAUGUUGAAGAUUCGAUGUCAAAGAAAAUGCCCCGGGGAGAAGGGCGCCCACAACAGGAUUGAGAACUUGAAGAUAGUUGUAUAUAUCACUGUAGCUGGUGGUUUGUUGGGGAUGGUAGAGCAAAAGAAGCCUGUAAAUACAAUUUUGUGUACUAGAACAAAACUGCAUUUUCAACUAGUUGACACACUAACAACUUGGGGCUUAUAGACUGAAUCUUUUUGCAGUAAUUACAAGAGAAUCUGAGGGUAUUCUUUUCUUACCGUUACUUUACAGGUUUAGUCGACACACAAACAACUUGGAGUUAGGCAACUAAGGUGUAUUCUGUAUCUGACAAAUCUGUACAAGAAUAGAUGUUCUUAUGUUGUUUUGAAUUUUAUUUGAGUUCUCAAUAAAUAAAUAAAAAUUAUUCUUAUUUCACAUGAUAUAACCCAAUUUCUGGAAGUGUCAUUGCUAGUUUACUUCUCAAGCCUGGUUCUCUGAAAAGGUUUAUACGUAACCUUUUUUUUGGGUGUGACUAUAUUAUAUUUAAACCGGUGUAACUAUAUUCUAUUGCAGUCGCUUAUUGUAGAUUUUCAAAUUUAAAUUUGAACGGUUUGAAGCUAGAUUGCAGUUGAUAGCCUUUGCCACAUUGCUAAAACCUUGUCCUUAUUAAUAUUGAUGGUUGGGGAAACUGGUAUUGGAGUUGUGAGUGAACUAUCAUUUUUAGAACUUACUUUUGGAAUUUGAAAGCCACUCGGCGUAUUUCUCCAGUUGCUAUUAUUUAAUUUUGUUAAUCUAUUUAUUCUUUUGCAGGAUGGGGCAUUAAUAUUAACUGAGUCACUGUUCAAUGGGACUGAAGAUCUUGUAAAACUUAUCUUAUUGCGGAGUGACAUCUAUUUAUGUUCUCAAACUAAGCACUGAUUCAUCUAUGAUUUGUGGCAUUCUUGAGCUGAACCUCUCAGGAAAUCCUAUUAUGCAAGAGACCCACAUAUCAAAUACACUGAAAGCACCAAAAAAAAUUACAAAAGAAGAGAGAAAUCUUUGGUAAGCAAGCAUAGCCAAUAAGAGAGGCAUAUCUUUGCUUUGAAGUACUCAUGGCGUACUGAUUCCUAUUGGAAUAAGGACAAGGAUUGGAAAGCCUUCAAGAGCCAGAAAUACAACAGACGGGUCAAUAAGACAAAGCAAGAGAGCAACUGUGACUUCAAUUUCAAGCCAGGCCACUAUUUAGAACAGACAUGUUCACAUAUGCAUACUUGCCUCUUGUGAAAAUCUGCCCUUGCUUGUUCUUGAAGCCUCUAGUGACCUUUGCCUUCUAAUACCACAAGUAAAUUCUGCAUGAAAGAGUGAACCCGAAUGUAAAGGCUAUGGAUCGAAUAUAUAAAUAUUCAACGAUAAACUUGAACUGGCUGUUAAAAAGCCUGAUUACUAUGCAAUGUUCCCUGCUCUCAAUAGAAUGUUGUCGUUGCCAUUUUGUCUUUUUGUUAUUUUGACUUGAGAAAGAGCCUUCUGUUAUGAGAGAGUUUCUUGCUGAAAUCCUACCCAACCAAGAGUCUGUGCUUUGCACUUAGUUUUACUUGAGGAUUUUGCUAUACUAGCCUGACUGAAGUCCCUAAACUAUGAACACAGGGUAGCAAUGUGUUAUCAUCAAUGCUUUCAAAUUCAGUGUGUUGUCUGAAAGUUUUGGUCCUUCAGAGGUGUGAGCUUGGAGUUGCUGGAGUUCUUCGAAUCAGGUUCACACACUAGGCCAAUUUAGUACUCAAUAUACUAGUCCUUAGAAAUGAACUUGUGAAUUGUUGGUUUGAUAUUUUAAGCUGGUAAUAGUUUUCUUGAGGAGCUCAAUCUUGCUGAUAAUGCCAAUCUCUGGCGGUAUCGGUAUCCAAGGAAGUAAAUCCUGCUCAACAGGGUUCAGCAACUCGGCAUGAACUUGGUGAUAGUGAAGAUGAUGAAGUUAGAGUUGAAGCUGCUGCAUCUGGUGUCGAUGACAGCUGCAUAAGCAUAUGCCAAAGAAAAUCCUUGUCUGCUGAGUUCCAGUUUAUUUGCUUUCAACUGCCAUUGGUAUGGCAAAUAAUUUGCGAUUUCUUGACCUUAGCAGUAAUGGUUUUUCACAGAAAGUGCAGAGGUAUUGUAUUCUGCAUGGUCAAGAUCAAGAUAUGGUUCAGCUCGGAAGCAUAUCAAGGACCAGACAAUCCAUUUGUUCUUAGAGGGAAUGAAAUGUUGUGUGAAACCCUGCUGCAGAAAGGAUUAAUUUUCUUGCUUUGCUGCUACAAUAUCGUCAUCCAAGGGAAAUCACAAACAGUUUUGCCAAAUCAGCAGGGCCUGGUUUUUUUCAUGCUUGCUUUGUUUUUCUUGGUUAUUUUUUGUUUAACUCAUAACUUAUCAGACAAUAUUUUGAUGAUGCAAGCAAAAGCCUAAAUGAGUUUCUUCUUUUUA